AUGACGAGAGCUAGAUCGAAGCAGAGGCAAUGGAGGUCUGCCCCUUUGAGGAAACAGAACUUGGCCUGCAACUCCAAGAUGAGAACAUUACAAACACAACUCAAACAGUACCUCAGAAUGCUAAAUGCCAAGGCAUUCUCUCUCUCUCUCUCCCUCUCCCAUUUAGGUCUGAUUCGUUUACAGGAGCUCAUCAAGGCUCCAUCUCGUUACAACAUCCGAUUAAAAAUCCGGCAGCUACCAGCAGAAACAAAAGAUGCCAAGCCCCUUCUUAAAGAAAUGAAACGAGGAAAAGAGUUUCAUGUAAUCUUUGACUGUGGUCAUGAAAUGGCAGCUGGCAUCCUUAAACAGGCACUCGCCAUGGGAAUGAUGACAGAGUAUUACCACUACAUUUUUACUACCCUGGAUCUCUUUGCACUGGAUGUGGAGCCCUACCGCUACAGUGGGGUCAACAUGACUGGAUUCCGUAUCCUAAACACAGAAAACAGCCAGGUUUCCUCCAUCAUUGAAAAGUGGUCCAUGGAGCGUCUGCAGGCACCUCCUAAACCAGACUCUGGCCUGCUGGAUGGUUUCAUGACAACAGAUGCUGCCCUGAUGUAUGAUGCGGUACAUGUGGUGGCCGUGGCCGUCCAGCAGUCUCCUCAAAUCACUGUCAGUUCACUCCAGUGUAACCGCCACAAGCCCUGGCGCUUUGGCAACCGCUUCAUGACGCUCAUCAAAGAGGCUCACUGGGAUGGUUUGACCGGACGGAUAAAUUUCAACAGGACUAAUGGCCUGAGGACAGAUUUCGAUCUGGAUGUGAUCAGCCUGAAGGAAGAGGGGCUAGAGAAGAUUGGGACAUGGGAUCCUGCGAGUGGUUUGAACAUGACAGAACACCAGAAGGGAAAAGCAGCCAAUGUGACGGAUUCUCUCUCCAACAGAUCGCUGGUGGUGUCGACUAUACUGGAAGAGCCUUAUGUGAUGUUUAAGAAGUCAGAUAAGCCGCUAUAUGGUAACGAUCGCUUCGAGGGCUACUGCAUCGACCUGCUGCGAGAGCUGGCUGCAAUCCUGGGCUUCACCUAUGAAUUACGACUGGUGGAGGAUGGCAAGUAUGGAGCUCAGGAAGAGAGCACUGGCCAGUGGAACGGCAUGAUCCGAGAACUGAUUGACCAUAAAGCUGAUCUUGCAGUGGCACCCCUGGCCAUCACGUACGUGCGGGAGAAGGUCAUCGACUUUUCCAAACCCUUCAUGACGCUGGGGAUAAGUAUACUGUACCGCAAACCCAACGGCACCAACCCGGGGGUGUUCUCCUUUCUCAACCCCCUGUCCCCCGACAUCUGGAUGUAUAUUCUGCUCGCUUACUUGGGUGUCAGUUGUGUGCUGUUUGUCAUAGCCAGGUUUAGCCCCUACGAAUGGUAUAACCCCCAUCCGUGCAACCCCGACUCAGAUGUUGUGGAAAACAAUUUCACUCUGCUAAAUAGUUUCUGGUUCGGAGUUGGAGCUCUCAUGCAGCAAGGAUCUGAGCUCAUGCCCAAAGCCCUUUCCACCAGGAUAGUAGGGGGCAUCUGGUGGUUUUUUACCUUAAUCAUCAUCUCCUCCUACACUGCCAACCUAGCCGCCUUCCUUACUGUGGAGAGAAUGGAAUCUCCAAUUGACUCGGCUGAUGACCUGGCCAAACAGACCAAGAUUGAGUAUGGAGUAGUGGAGGAUGGCGCUACAAUGACCUUCUUUAAGAAAACGAAGAUCUCCACGUAUGAUAAGAUGUGGGAGUUCAUGAGCAGUCGCAGACACUCAGUCAUGGUGAAGAGCAUCGAGGAAGGAAUUGAACGUGUACUCACCUCAGAUUAUGCUUUCCUUAUGGAGUCCACAACCAUCGAAUUUGUCACUCAGCGAAACUGCAACCUCACGCAGAUCGGAGGCCUCAUAGACUCCAAAGCCUACGGUGUUGGCACCCCAAUGGGGUCCCCUUACCGAGAUAAGAUCACUAUCGCAAUCCUGCAGCUACAGGAAGAAGGGAAGCUGCACAUGAUGAAGGAGAAGUGGUGGCGAGGAAAUGGCUGUCCUGAGGAGGAGAAUAAGGAGGCCAGUGCGCUGGGUGUCCAGAACAUCGGUGGCAUUUUCAUAGUGUUGGCUGCGGGACUUGUCCUCUCUGUGUUUGUGGCAGUUGGGGAGUUUCUCUAUAAGUCCAAACAAAACGCACAGCUGGAAAAGAGAUCCUUCUGCAGCGCCAUGGUGGACGAGCUAAGGGUUUCCCUCAAGUGCCAGCGCCGGCUCAAACACAAACCGCAGCCACCGGUCAUGGUCAAAACAGAUGAAGUCAUCAACAUGCACACCUUCAAUGACCGAAGACUGCCAGGCAAAGAGACCAUGGCUUAAAACGGACACCAGCUCGCUCUUUCUUGAGCUUGGAAAAGGAAACUUCAAGGGGAUAAAUUUGGUAGGGGAGGAAGUCGAUUUUCUAUACGGGGAAGGGAUCUUAAAUGUAAUUUUAAACAAUUAGUUACUGAAAACAACAGCAGAAACUGAAACAUAUUUCCUGUGGAAAUAAAUUGAGUCUGGGCAAAAUUUUUAGUUACCUCAUCGCUCCAGAUCACCACCAGAGCAAAGACUGACCGGUGCCAGCGUUCAGGGUAACUUUUAGCAGGAACAACACACACACAGCUAGAGGCAUGUGACUGAAGGAGGUUUGUCUAAUCAUUAUGUUCAUAUUCUUUUUGGUUUUGUUACACAUUUGGCUGUUGUCCGUCCACAGAGAGCAGUCCUUUAGAGAGAACAAGGAGACAUGUCCUGACAAAUACAGAAGCAAAAGAAGGACAGAUUUUUAACACACAGUACCUGUGCUACUUUUAGGAGCAAAAAUAAAAAACAAACCUAUAUAUAUAUUGCUGAGCACCACAGCAAUAUCGCUGAAAACAUUCAGCGUGUUUCGCACCCACACUCACAUGCAACUGAAGCAUGACACAGCAACAGGCAAUACACCACUUUCAGUUCUUUGCAUCUUCAGUCCCCUGCAGAGUGUGACAACGACUAAUGGUGAAACUCACAAAAACAUGUUCAACCCACAAUUUUUGACAUUUGUGUUUAUUUUAAGCAUAUUUAAACCAUUGCACAAUUAAAUAUUUUCUGUCCAU